CAGAUUAAUGGUUUUAAAAUUUCUAUUAAAUGAGCGAUUAAUCAGAUUAAUGACACAAAUGAUAUGGAGUAAAUGUGGUCUUUGAGGGCCCCUGGGCGGUUACCUACCUGUAAUCCAGCAUCAUACCUUCAACCUGCUGCUUAAAAUCUCGAAAUGUUUAAUCACCUAUAAAUUGUUGCGACACAUUUUCAUGUCGCUGGUUUUAUUGUGAAAGGUGGAGCCGGAAGUGCGAUGUUUUUAUUGUGGAGUAGCUGGAGCAGCAGGGAGGACAGCGAUGGGACGCAGCUGAUAUUUAUCCCAAAUAAAUCAAACUACAGCCCGGAGCCCGGCGGCAGUGACAGGCCGGCGGUAGAGACAGUGUCGGAGCUGCCGUGGUUGUGUGUCUGUGUCCGGGCGGUGGAGGCGCAGAGGAGCGGUGUAACUUCGCGGGGCUGUUCUUCCAGAGGGAGGAAGUUUGCGGUGGCGAAGGAAACAUAAUAGGAAACCGGGGAGGGCCGAAAUAUCCCGACAUGGAGGACUCCGGGUCGGCCCUGGAGAAAAAUGUGGCUGACCUCACGGUGAUGGACGUGUACGACAUCGCCGCCGUGGUGGGCCAGGAGUUCGAGCGGAUUAUUGAUCAGUACGGCUGCGAGGCUCUGUCCAGGCUCAUGCCCAAAGUGGUGCGGGUGCUGGAGAUCCUGGAGGUGAUGGUGAGCCGGAGCUGCAUCACUCCCGAGACCGAGGAGCUGCGGCUGGAGCUGGACAAGCUGCGGCUGGAGAGACUGGACCGGCUGGAGAAGGAGAAGAAGCACAAGAAGGAGCUGGAGCUGGUGGAGGACGUGUGGAGAGGAGAAGCUCAGGAUCUGCUCUCCCAGAUCGCUCAGCUGCAGGAGGAGAACAAAACUCUCCUCACCAACAUGUCCAUCAAAGACCCGCUGAGUGAGGAGGACCUGCAGAGGCACGAGGGUAUGACGGAGAGAGAGAAGCAGGUGAUGAAGAAGCUGAAAGAAGUGGUGGACAAGCAGAGAGACGAGAUCCGAGCCAAGGACCGCGAGCUCACGCUGAAGAACGAGGACAUAGAAGCACUCCAGCAGCAGCAGUCUCGCCUCAUGAAGAUCAACCACGACCUGCGUCACAAAAUCUCGGUGGUGGAGGCUCAGGGCAAAGCGCUGAUCGAGCAGAAGGUGGAGCUGGAGGCCGGCGCUCAGGCGCGGGGACAGGAAGUCGGCGCCCUUCGGCAGGAAGUCACACGCCUGAGGGAGCGGCUUCAGGGAGAGCUGCCCGCCCAGAGCCGCGGCCCCGAGGAGACCCCGCCUCAGCCCCCCUCACCUGCAGAGCGUCGUAAAGCCGCUGCAGCGGCGGCGGCGGCGGGGGCCGAGGGCUGGUCAGACAGACCCGGCCUCUCUGAGCUGAUGUCUGGGGGCGGGUUUGACCCCGCCCCGCCGCGGCCCCUGCCCCUGCCCGGCUCCCUCAGCCCGGGGGCGCCCGGCGAUGGGGAUGAGGAUGACGAGGCAGUGUUGCUUUGGGAGGCGAUGUACGAUGAGGACAUGCCUGCUGUGUUCCAAUAUUUUACCAAGGAGGCGUUGUGCGAGGAGGAGACGGGGGGAGCCCUGGACCCAAAGGACCCCAACCGGCCGCGGUUCACGCUGCAGGAGCUGAGGGACGUCCUCCACGAGAGGAACGAGCUGAAGGCCAAAGUGUUCCUGCUGCAGGAGGAGCUGGCCUACUACAAAAGUGAUGAGACGGAUGACGAGAUGGUCACUCCGUCUCCGUCUCCCUCGCCUGAGCUGAGGACUCGCUCCCGAUCUACUGCCCAACCAGAGUCAGGAAUCAAACGCCUGUUUAGUUUCUUCUCACGUGACAAACAGCGGACUUCGCAGCGGAGUGCGCAGUUUGACGGCGGCUUCGGCUCGUGGGCGGGGAAAGACGACGUGUACACAGAACAGGCCCAGGAGGCGUUACAGCACAUGUAGUGGCUGCACACGGGGACUCCAAAACUCUUACUUAACACUCCAUGUUCAUCACUCGAGGCCAGCUGGUGAACCAGCGACUGCACAGCAAAGCACCACUAGUGACUCACACUGCAGCUGAAGCAUCAUGUGCUUUGAGGUGAGAGGACGGAGAGAAGAGUGAAUGGAUAAAGAAAUCCCUCUACAGGUUUAUUUAAACACUUGAGAAUUGUUGAAUAUAUCAGUGAGCGAUGGCACAUACAGACUGUUCGACUUUAAAGAUGCCUGAAGGGUUCAGACGACUCAGAGAGGUGGAGGUGGUGGAGGAGGAGGAGGAGGAGGAUGAUGGUAAAUUCAAGUUGUGGGAUGGAAAAGUGGAAAGUUUUUGCAUUUCAAGUGGUUAAUGAUGUGGUUGCUACAAGUCCAGAGUAAACAGUGGGUGAAAAUGUCCACGUAGAUGAAAGUUUGGGACACAAAAGUGUGUGUUUAAAAAAAAAUGACACAACUCCAGAUGUUGAGUUUUAUCGCUCAAAUAGAAAAUAGAGUUGAGUUUUAAAGGCUUUGCUGAAGGAUGAGGAUUCCCCUGCAGAGAUAAACACACAAUCACUAUUAGUUUCUCCACUUUAUUAUCUGGAGAUUUUAUUCUCAAAAUGAGAGCAACACUUUUGUGUCCCAGUGAUUUUAUUUGAUAUUUCUCUCCCUGUCCGUGUGGGCAGCUCGUAGGUCCGUCACCAGCAUUCAAACAAACUAAAAACAUCCAGGGCCUGUUUAUAAAAAUGUUGCAUAGAAUCACAAUUUAAAAGCUGUGUACAGAAAAGGAUAAAAUAAAAACACUAAGAGAUGCUUUUAUUUAUAAUAUACUGUACGCCCUGCAACAUACAGUAAGAACUGAAGCUCAUUUCUGCCAAGAAAAUAAAAAUAGUUAUUAAAUAAUAACUAUUAUAAUAGUUUAGGUAUUUUAAUUUAAAGGUGCAAAAUGUAAGUUUCUCUAAUGCUUGUUGAGAGCUUCAGUGACUCACACAGUAGUAGUACGUGAUGGGACGAGCUAGGGCUAGCUAGUUAGCAUGCUAACUUCAGUAGAAGAAGAGUAAAAUUUGCCGUCGCCUCCCACCACUGGAGACAGCUGUUUGUGAGUAAAGGGAUGAAGUUUGUUUGUAUUAGCUCUUUACUGGUGAGGAAACAGCUGUUAGCGCUAACGUUGGCUGAUGUAGCACUAGCAAAAACUUACAUUUAGCAUUGUUUGAUUGGUUUUUAUUUGGGUUAGUUUUGACUUUGACUUACUAAGUCAAAAUUUUAAGAUACUUAACAUCACUUCAUUUUGACUUGUGGGUCAGUGCUUUUGACUUAAUUGAUAUUUUUUAAUGUUUUUCUAUUUGUUUUUUCUUUUCCUGGCAGAAACGGGCUUCUGUAAUUGUAAAGUUGAAGCAUCUCUUUAACUCUGGCUGAUUACAGCGUGAACACAAAUGUCCACCACGUGUAAAACCAAUAGAUGCAAUAAUAAUAAUACCCACCGUGAUAACAGCAAUUACAGUAUCACCAGCUGAACCGAAGCAGGUUGGAAUAAAUUACCUUCCUACUUGUUGAUUAAGCAAAUAAACAGAUGCAGUAUAUCGAAAAGAAAUAAAAGAUCACCAGCUUCCUCACAUUUCAUAUCAGAGCUGCAGGAAUCCGUGCAGAUUCCUCAUCGCGUUUCAGCUUAAAACAAAAUAUAACUGGAUUUUACCACAGCAGAACUGUCAGUAUUAAACUUCAGGAGUUACCUGCCUGUAUUAAUUUAUUUAUGUUUUAAUAUAACUGAGGAGGGAUAAACACUGAAGUGGUCUUGUCCUAAGUAACUGAUUUAAACCUGAUCAUAGGAUGCCUAAGGUAUAGGCACCAAAUGUGGAUUCAUCCGCCGCUGAAACUAGUCCCCAGCAAAUGCACAGUUUCCUCCUGUUUGAGUGACAUUUCUUAAAAACAACAGUGUCCAGCUGUUGGAAGAAAUGAUUUUACGUUUCCACAAAUGAAACUACUGUAUAUAUUUGUGAGGUGUUUACACCUUCAGUGGGAACCAAUGGGCUCAGAGCUGAAAGCACAGACAGUAUUGAGAGACGGAGGAUUUGUUGACAGCAACAAAAAAUAUAUAUCACCAGUGUUAUAAUUUUAAAACCAUUAGUCUUCCAGUAAGUUCAGCAUUUACAGUAUCUAAGCCACUAUUCUGCCCUUUUCUAACUAAAGGUAUAAUUCUCCAAUAAAAGGGCAGUUAAAAACGCACUUCUUGCACCUAAAGGAAAUAUAAAACUGAACCAAAGACCUUUUGGAAAACAGUAAUGUUCCACAAGAUAAUAUGGAUUCGCCACCAAGUAAAGCAACAUUAAACCUAGUGUUAUCAUUUUUUAAUUUGCUAUUCUACAUCAUAAAUAUCCGCUGCCUUACGGCACAGAUCAUGUAGAAAAUACACAUCUAUACGCACUUACAAAUUUAAGUUUGUUUAAUACCUACCAGAAAGUUUGUGCUUUUAUGCAUCAUUUGUUUCAUCACCAGGUCUCAAAUGUAAACAUGGUUUCAAGCUAUAUUUUAAUAAGAGUGUAAAAUCAUGAAGGAAAUAUUGAAAUGUUCCUCAGAUUGCGUGAAGGAGAAGUAAGAGCAUCAGAUUAGCUUCGGCCUUGUUUCAAAAAUGGUUAAAACAAAGUUAAUAAAGCUGAAGUGCCAAGAGUGAUUUACAUUUUUUUAUUUUUAAAAAUGCUAAUCGGUGGUUGAUGCUUCUGCUGUUAUAAGUUGCCCUCACACUUUAACACUGAUGGGUGUCUUCACCCCUGAGAGGCGGCGUAGUGGCACUUUAUGUUGGUUUAUAUUCACCCAGCGAGGUGGAAUAAAUGAAUGUAAAACGACCCAAACGCCGUAAUGAGGCUAAAAACGAGAGUGUGGGAGCAGCUGCCCUCAUUUUACACAUUCACAGAUACAAUGACAUGAUGAUCCUCGUUGCAGUAGAGUGUUUUUUCUUUUCUUUCUAGACUGUAUCUGGAAUAAAAAGGGAUCUGGACUAUUUCCGCAUUAAGAAUUUAAAUACUGAAACAUUUAAAGGGAAAUACGGUCGACAAAAGGCAUCCUGUUCCAAAUGCUCACUGUGGUUCUUCAGCCGUUUAUUUAAGUCAGUGUUGAUCACCAUCUCUCCUGUGAACCCAGUUACAACAGAUAUUUAAAAAGAUAUAAUGAAUGGAUCAGUGCUUUAUUAAAUAAACUGGCUUUUACUCCAA